AUGGACGUCCUCAAGGCUGUAGAGACCUACGUGACCAAGAUGGUCUCCACUCCGUCGGCAAUGAAGGUUCUGCUUCUUGAUACCCACACUACUCCCAUAGUGUCGUUGGCUUCCACCCAAUCAACCCUGCUCACACACCAAGUUUAUCUGACGGAUAGAAUUGACAACAGGAAGAGAGACCGCAUGCCUCAUAUGAAGUGUGUGUGCUUUCUUCAAUGCUCAGAGGAAAGUUUGGCCGCGUUGGAAUCGGAGCUCCGUGAGCCCAAGUAUGGGGAAUAUUUCCUGUACUUUAGCAAUGUCUUGAGCAAAACCGUGAUCGAACGGUUAGCUCAGGUGGAUGAAUAUGAAGUCGUAAAGGAAGUGCAGGAGUACUUUGCGGACUAUGCUCCGGUGCUGCCAUAUCUAUUCUCACUGAACCGCACCCCUUCAUUGACCUCCCCGCUAUACGGCUCGACACCCAACUCUUGGGACCCAAAAGCUUUAGACCGCACAGUGCACGGAAUUGGCGCAGUGCUGCUCAGCCUAAAGAAGAAGCCCAUUAUUCGCUAUGAGAAAUCAAGUGGUAUGGCCAGGAAGCUUGCCGUCGAAAUACAGCAUCGCCUGCAGUCAGAAGCCUCGCUCUAUGACUUUCGUCUGACCCAAGUUCCCCCAUUGUUGUUGAUACUGGACCGACGAAAUGACCCGGUUACCCCGCUUCUCUCCCCGUGGACGUAUCAAGCCAUGGUUCACGAACUCCUUGGCAUACACAAUGGCCGCGUUGAUCUUAGUUUGGUUCCAGAUAUAAGGUCUGAACUUUCCGAAAUCACUCUUACGCCGUCAACGGACCCAUUCUUCCAAGCUCAUUACCUGUCUACCUUCGGGGAUCUGGGAACGUCAUUAAAAGGAUAUGUGCAAUCGUACCAGUCACGCUCUUUGGCUCAAUCCCCGAACUCUAUUAAUUCCAUAUCGGACAUGAAACGUUUCAUUGAGGAGUACCCAGAAUUCAAGAAACUAGGCGGUAACGUCAGCAAGCACGUUGCUCUAGUGGGCGAGCUGAGUCGCCUCGUUGGGCGAGAUAAGCUUCUCGAAGUGGGUGAAAUUGAACAAGGUCUUGCCACUAGCGCUGGCGCCGAUCUCAAGGAAGUACAAGCUGUCAUCAGAGAUAAUGCCGUUCCAGCAUGGAACAAGCUUCGACUCGUUAUUCUAUAUGCUCUUCGGUAUCAAAAAACGCACACGACUAAUAUUGCCUCGUUAAUCAACCUCAUGCUUUCGAAUGGGGUCUCCCGCGACGAUGCAAAGCUAGUAUACGUCUUCAUGAACGUUGCUGGGGCUGAUCAACGGCAAGAUGAUUUGUUCUCGACAGAAUCUCUGCUUGCUAAGGGUCGUUCGGCUUUGAAAGGAUUGAAGGGCGUCGAAAAUGUAUACAUGCAGCACAGCCCGUAUCUUUCGCAGACAAUCGAGAAUCUCCUCAAAGGUAGAUUAAAGGAAACUAGCCAUCCAUUCCUGGAAUCGCCUGGCCCCAACGCCAGCCUGCAAAGACCACAGGACGUCAUUGUGUUCAUGAUUGGAGGCACGACGUUCACGGAAGCGCGUGCAAUAUCCCUGAUGAUCAACGAAAGUACCGGAGGCGCUGCUGCCGGCUCAACAGCUUACGCGACAAGAAUUCUGCUGGGCGGAACAUGUGUCCACAACUCAUCCUCAUACGUUGAAAUGAUUCGCUCUGCUGCAACCUCCUUCCCAGCUUCUGUUUACGAACCGCCUCCAGAAUCUGCUUCCAACAUGCCGUCUCUGAAUCUGAACUUGGGCGGUGUCAAUGUCAGCCUAGGUGGGCCUGCGGGAACAGGUGUGUACAGAACGAGUAGUGAUGCUAUUGGUGUUCAGACCGAGGGUAUUCGCGAUGGGGUCAUGAAUCUCUUAGGCAAAUUUCCUACGCCCUUCCAUUCCGAGGCUUCGUUGCCGAUUUCAAGCUCUUUGCCACGCAACUCAGGCUUCGCCUCGCAUUUCCGAUUACCAUCAGUCGCUGCUGCUGGAGGCGCAGAUCUACUUGGAUAUGAUCUGAGUCCCGGCUACCAGCCAAGGGCCCGCACGUACUCGCACUCCUCCGGCCUCAGGGGGGUGUCGCCACGACCCCAUCAUCAUUCGAACUCUUCCAGCAACAUCAACGUCAGGGGAGUGUCUCCUGCGCGACAUCCUCGGUUUAAAUUCUUUGUUGGAGCCAGCUGGGCAGCCAAGCCCGGUAAUACAGACCAUACUUAUCCACCAAAUACUCCCAUAGGUGCAUGGGUGCUGGAUACUCUACGCAGGCACACUUUCUCCUCUCGCCGCGCCAAAGAACCUGGUGAAGACUUCUUCUUUGUACAAUCGGGCACCGCUGUUGGGAUAGCUGACGGAGUCGGAGGUUGGUCCGACCAAGGCGUCGACUCGGCGGUCUUCUCGCAAGCGCUCAUGUACUACGCGUCCAAGGUGUAUAAUGGAGAAAUCGUCACGGAGGCUGUUCUGAAAGGAUCGUCAUCAAGAAGUCGUCCGAAACCUAAAGAUGUCCUCAAAUCAGCGUAUGAUGUCACCAUGACAGACUCGUUUGUCAAGGCUGGUUCCGCCACUACCUGCCUGAUCAAUUUCGAUCCUCAGACCGGGAUGAUGUACGCAACGAAUAUUGGUGAUACAGGGUUUAUUAUUAUACGCUCGGGAUCUAUCAUCUAUCAGUCACGGGCACAGUUUCACGGCUUCAAUUACCCAAAACAACUGCUGAAGAAUGCGACAUCCUCACGCCGUUCUCGCAAUAACUCCAGUGACUCUCCGCGCGACGCCGAAUCAUACGAAGUCCAGCUCCGGGAGAAGGAUAUCAUCAUUGCCUAUACAGACGGGCUGGUAGAUAAUGUCUACCCUGAAGAAAUUCUUGAAAUAUGUUCAGUGGUUCUGCAAGAGCACCGGCACGACCAUGACCGUCCACAAAUAAUGUCAGAUCGAAUAGUGGACUAUGCGAGACAAUGCAUGAGAAGCAAGACACUCCUAACUCCCUUUGAACGACAAGCGAUCAAACAAGGUGUAGCACACAAGGGCGGGAAAAUCGAUGAUGUCACCGUUGUGGUUACUAUGGUAGAACGUUAG